CUCCGGUCGUCUAGUUCCCCUGCCCCAUUUUCUUACGAAUUCUACGUUUCGGCCAUAUUUCUUGGAGAUUCUUAAUUCGUCUAACAAUGGCUCUCAGACUCUCUUCAAGAUCAUCCUCAUUCUAGCGUUGAGGUAAACAACGCAGAUUUCUGCUCUUCGAUUUGGUCGGCGCGACUUUUCGUGGACAUUAUUUGUAGAAUCUCGUGACGUAAAAUGAGGUCUGGAGUUAGUCGUUAAAGAACUUCGAUCAAGUUUUUUCUUCAGUUCUUGCUUCUAUCAGAGUUCAUGAUCUUCCCUAAAUUGCGGUGAUAUCAGUCGUACGGGGUCUUCAUUUUGUGCUGCUCCGGUUGGAUAUGGAACACCUUCCAGUUGAAGUUAUUGGAAACAUACUUUCUCAUCUAAAAGCUGCCCGAGAUGUGGUGAUCGCUUCUGCAACUUGUAAGAAAUGGAGAGAGGCUUGGCGGAAUCACCUCCAUACUCUUACCUUCAACUCGAACGAUUGGCCAAUUCCUCAUGAUCUUUCGACGAGUACCUUGGAAAUUAUUAUUACACAAACUAUACUUCAGACCACUGGACUCCAAAAUUUGUCCGUUUUUAUGGAUGAUUUUGAUGCAUUCUCAGCUUCCUCAGUUAUUGCUUGGCUCAUGUAUACGAGAGACACACUCUGUCGACUACACUAUAAUGUGGAAACUACCCCAAGCGUCAAUAUCAUUGAGAAGUGUGGCCGACAAAAAUUAGAAACAUUGGAAUUGGCAAAUAAUUCGAUAACUGGUGUCGAGCCAACUUAUCAGAAGUUCCCUUGCUUGAAAUCUCUAUCACUUAGUGAUAUCGGCAUAUCUGCAUUAGACUUGAAUCUUCUUCUCACUGCUUGUCCAAAGCUUGAAAAGUUAGCUCUAAUCAACCCAGAAGUUGUGAUGUCAGAUGCGCAGCCAACAAUUGAACUUAGCAGUUCUUCAUUGAAGGAUGUCUUUGUUGAAGGACUUAGUUUAGAUAAGUUCACACUGCAGGCUGAUAUCCUUGAAAUUUUACAUCUGAGAGAUUGUAUACUCGAUUUCUUUGAGCUGAUUGGCAAAGGAGCCUUAAGGGUUCUGAAGAUUGAUGAUGCUAGUGUUAUCCAUCUCGACAUUGGCGAGAACACUGAAAAUCUUGAAAUUGUGGAUGUCUGCAAUUUUACAAUCAUGUGGCCGAAAUUCUACCAUACGAUCUCAAAGGCAUCGAUGUUGAAAAAGCUCCGGCUGUGGGGUGUAGCAUUUGAUGAUGAUGAUGAUGAAGUUGUGGAUUUGGACACAAUUUCUAUCUCUUUCCCUAAGUUAAGCCAUUUAUCUUUAAGUUAUGAUCUAAAACAUGGAGCCGUUCAUCAUAACUUGCAGAGAUCAUCUCGGAUGGAGAAUGUAACCAUAUUAGAACUUGGUUGGAGUGACAUUAACUGGGUGGUGAAACUUAUAGAAAUAUGUCCCAAGUUGAAGAAAUUGAUAAUCAGUGGAGUUGUAUCGGAAAUUAAGACCCAUGAGGAAUGCCAAACCUUAGCACAAUUCACCACGUCUUUCGUUCAGCUUAUGAGAAAAUAUCUUCAUAUUGAGGUCCAGUUCGAUUUCGAAUAGCAUUUAGGUCCCUGCAUUUGUGGCUGCUUAGUGUUCUGCUUUGCCUUUGGCCCGUAUUCCUGAGAUUCCAGAAGAAAAAUGUAUUGGUGGAUGACAUUGUGGUCCCAUUUUUAACAUCGAUAGUCUCAUUACUGUGGCCUUACUGCAUGGAAUUAUGGUUCCUGGCUGACAUUUAUCCUGCGCUCCUGGACCAAAGUCCUCUGCAGAUGUCUAAUCCGCCAUCAUCAGCUCUCCUGGCGUGUACAGAUUUUGUGCAGAUUUUGCCUUAACUACUUCAUUACAACACCUCAACAAA